GUAAUGUAAGCCUCGUAUUGUCUCGUUCACGAAGGAGAAGGCCAUUUUUACAAGUGUGGUCUAGGCCUAGUUAGGACUAAGUCCGGUAGUUUUCUAGGAAAUGAAUUCUUCUUAGUGUUUUCGAGAUAGUUUCAAUUUUAAGAAAAUCCAGGAGGUGGAUUCAACUGUAUCACCUCACUUUAAGAUCUCACGCAUACAUUUGUUUUCACUUCUCUGUGACAAAUAUGCCACUACCUAGCAGAGCUCGUGUCUAUGCUGAUGUAAAUUCCCACAAACCAAGAGAUUACUGGGACUAUGAAUCACAUGUUGUGGAAUGGGGGAAUCAAGACGACUAUCAACUUGUAAGAAAGUUAGGUAGGGGAAAAUACAGUGAAGUGUUUGAAGCAGUUAACAUAACAAAUAAUGAAAAAUGUGUGGUAAAGAUUCUCAAGCCUGUGAAGAAAAAGAAAAUAAAGAGGGAAAUAAAAAUUUUGGAAAACCUAAGAGGUGGUCCAAACAUCAUUGCUCUGAAUGCUGUUGUAAAAGAUCCUGUGUCACGAACACCAGCUUUAAUAUUUGAACAUGUGAAUAACAAAGAUUUCAAGCAGUUGUACCAGACGCUGACUGACUACGACAUCAGGUUUUACUUGUAUGAACUACUGAAGGCCUUGGACUAUUGUCAUAGCAUGGGGGUUAUGCAUCGAGAUGUGAAACCUCACAACGUCAUGAUUGACCAUGAGACAAGACGUCUUCGGCUAAUAGACUGGGGCUUAGCAGAAUUUUAUCACUCAGGUCAGGAAUACAAUGUCCGUGUAGCAUCUAGGUACUUCAAAGGUCCAGAACUUUUAGUGGAUUAUCAGAUGUAUGACUACUCCUUGGACAUGUGGAGCCUAGGUUGUAUGUUAGCCAGUAUGAUAUUUAGGAAGGAACCAUUUUUUCAUGGACAUGAUAAUUAUGACCAGCUUGUACGGAUAGCAAAGGUGUUAGGAACUGAGGAAUUGUAUGAAUAUCUGGAUAAGUACCAAAUUGAACUAGACCCAAAAUUUAAUGACAUACUGGGAAGACACUCGCGUAAACGAUGGGAAAGAUUUGUUCACAGUGAAAACCAGCACUUAGUAAGUCCAGAAGCACUGGAUUUCUUGGACAAACUAUUGCGAUAUGAUCACCAGGAAAGACUAACAGCUCGUGAAGCUAUGGAACAUCCUUACUUUUACCCAAUAGUCAAAGAACAGCAGGUGAGGUACAUGGAUUCAAGGCUUACUAACUCUCCUCCUCCUGUAACAGCCUCAAAUCCAUCAGCUAGUGGUAUUAACUGUGGCUCAAUUGUUGGAGUUCAGGGAUCACCUCUUUCACCACCAAUUGUAGCUUUGGCCAACAACACAUCAGCGCAGUCUUAAGUGUCCGGAUGUCUCUCCUGGUGCCACGACUUUCAUCCGGAGGGUUCUCAAGAACAGCUGAGAGAGGUGAGCAACUGUACAGUUGUGGACUGGUGAGACACAGGACUUGGAACCUUCACUCUACUGGAGUUGAUACAUCCAUCAGACAACAUCAGUCUUUUGCUCCAUGUAGCCCUACUGGCAGUGGGGACUAUUUAUCUAGUAAAAUGAAAUCAAAUAACAACAGUUGCUCGGGACGCCAGUGGAGCUGGGACUUGUCUCAAUUAUCAUUUAGGUUAUGUAAUGUAUCUUGCUUCUCCAUUUUAUUUUAUUUCCACUGUUUCUACCAUUCCAUAAUUAUUUGUACUUGUCAUUUGAUGGUUCAGAGUGGAACUUUGUUGAAGGAUUGAUUAUGAACAGAGAAAAAAAAAGGGUUCAUAUGGCUACUGGUUUUCUGCUUUCACAUAUGUUAACGGGUGGAGUGUUUCUGUUCUGUGUACACCAGUAGUUGUGUGUAUAAUAUUAUUACCACCACUGUAUACAUGUUUGACACUAUGGUAAUUAGAUAAGUAAAAUAAAAACUGUUCUUCUCCAACAACUUAGUACUUA